AUGGAUGAUGAAAAAGAUGUCUAUUUCGAUUGCGUUGAAUAUCAAGAAUUCGACCACAAUAUUCAUACUCUAUCGCUCUAUAAAAGUGUUAUUCAGCUACCUACUCCCCUUCAUCCAUGGAUAUCUGAACUACAAUUUUCAAUACAUCGAAAAACAAGCGUAUUACGUCGUCUUUUAAAUUAUUUUAAACGAUCCAAAAAACAUUUUUUAUCGAACCUAAUCGAACAAUUUAUUCGUGUACACGCCGGAUAUUUUAGUCAUCCAAUUGGUUCUCGUUUUCAUGUCUCAUAUGCAAACGAAAAAUGGCUUCUUAUUUUAAAAAAGAUGAAACUUGUUAACUAUCCAACGUAUCCAUAUCCUCGAACAAGAAUUAUAAUCAUUCGUAAAGGUCUAUCAUACAUAGUAAGAUAA